AUGUCAGUAGCUGAGUACGUGGCUAAAUUUACUGAGUUAGCCAGAUUUGCUCCUCACAUGGUGGAUACGGAUUAUAAGAAAGCUCGCAAAUUUGAGGGUGGGUUGGAUUUAGAUAUACUAGAUCGGGUAGGAGUCCUCAACCUACCUACAUAUGUGAAUGUAUUCGAUAGAGCAUUAAUGGCAGAAGCCAUUUUGGUAGUAAAAAGGCGAGCUCUAGCCCCAAUAACUGAAUGGAAAGGCAAAAGAUCUGGAUUUAGCUUUAAGAAGAACCGUUCAAUUGGCAUGAAUAAGAAACUAAAUACGGGAUCUUCUAGCAGCUCAAGUCAAAGCAGUGGGUCUACGCAUGUUUGUACUCAAUGUGGGAUGAGACAUAGAGGAGUUUGCUAUCGAGUAUCGGGUACUUGUUUUCGGUGUGGCAAGACAAGCCACAUGAUAAGGGAUUAUCCAAUCGGGUCAGAAAAUACCAAUCGUCCUGUGGCAAGUUCAGCGGCAGGAUCUGCUUCUGGAUCAAAAGCAAAUGUUAAACCUAAUACAGGAAAAGAACCCUUAAGACAGGGUAGAGUUUUUGUACUUGUGCCUGGCGAUGUACAGAAUACCGAAUCCGUAGUGUCAGGCAGGGAAGAUCAUGAGAAUCACUUGAUAACCGUGUUACAAACUCUAAAAGGAAAGAAGCUAUAUGCAAAAUUGUCCAAAUAUGAAUUCUGGCUAGACAGUGUAGCAUUUCUGGGACAUAUGAUUAACAAGAAUGGUGUAUUAGUAGACCCACAGAAAAUUGAAGCUAUUGUCGACUAG